AUUGGGAGGAAGAGGGAGAGGGAGGCCGGGACGAGAGCAGGGCUGUGGUGCGGUGGGAAGCUGAGACGAAGAGGAAAGGGAGUGAGGAGGACGCAGGGACGAUCAGCAGCGCCUCAGCUACAUUCUUUCAGCUGUUCCGGAGAGAGAGGACGGGAAAGGGAGGAGGCCAGGGCUGGAGUGGGGGCUGUCACUCUCGGACCCCAGCUUUGAGAGGAGCCGUGCAGCCGGGCGUCCUCGGGGUGGGCCCCGUGUCGGUGGCCGAAGACCUGGGGCUCAGGCCCCUGGGUCCCAAAUUUUGGGGUUCGGCCCCUCCUUUCUUAAAUACCCAGGUAUCAAGCCCUCAUAUAUCAGAUAUCUGGGACUCGAGUCCCAACCUUUACAAACCUGGGUCUCUGUUUUAUACAAUUUAAAAUACCUGGGAUUCAGGACCUUGCGUGCACCAGUAUCCGGGGCUCAUUCUCCAGACAUCCAAAUAUCGGAUUCAUUUUUGGUCCUUGCAAAUAUACGGGGCUCAGACCCCACAAUCGGAAAUCCGGAAUUCAGCAACUGUCGCCCUCGAGUUGGGGGAGGACUGGACCGCGAGGUCAGAUCAGGUUGUCACCCCCUCCCCUCCAGGGGAGGCUUCCCAGGCCCGCCCCUCAGGAAGGGCGAAAGCUGAGGAAGAGGUGGCAAGGGGGAAGGUCUCCUUGCCCCUCUCCCUGCUUGUCAGAGCAACUGGAGUACCUCAGGCGGAAGCGGAGGCGCUGGGGCACCAUAGUGACCCCUACCAGGCAAGGUCCCAAUCUCAGGGCCCCCAGGGGCCAUCAUGCCAGCUGGGGGCCGGGCCGGGAGCCUGAAGGACCCUGAUGUAGCUGAGCUCUUCUUCAAGGAUGACCCUGAGAAGCUUUUCUCUGACCUCCGGGAAAUUGGCCAUGGCAGCUUUGGAGCUGUGUACUUUGCCCGGGAUGUCCGGAACAGUGAGGUGGUGGCCAUCAAGAAGAUGUCUUACAGUGGGAAGCAGUCAAAUGAGAAAUGGCAGGACAUUAUCAAGGAGGUGCGGUUCUUACAGAAGCUACGACAUCCCAAUACCAUUCAGUACCGGGGCUGUUACCUGAGGGAGCACACAGCUUGGCUGGUGAUGGAGUAUUGCCUGGGCUCAGCUUCUGAUCUUCUAGAAGUACACAAGAAGCCCCUUCAGGAGGUCGAGAUUGCAGCCGUGACCCAUGGGGCGCUUCAGGGCCUGGCAUAUCUACACUCGCACAACAUGAUCCAUAGGGAUGUGAAGGCUGGAAACAUCUUGCUGUCUGAACCAGGCUUAGUAAAAUUGGGAGACUUUGGCUCUGCAUCUAUCAUGGCACCUGCCAACUCCUUUGUGGGCACUCCAUACUGGAUGGCUCCAGAGGUGAUCCUAGCCAUGGAUGAGGGGCAGUACGAUGGCAAAGUGGACGUCUGGUCCUUGGGGAUAACCUGCAUUGAGCUGGCGGAGCGGAAGCCACCACUGUUUAACAUGAAUGCAAUGAGUGCCUUAUACCACAUUGCACAGAACGAGUCCCCUGCUCUCCAGUCAGGACACUGGUCUGAGUACUUCCGGAAUUUUGUUGACUCCUGUCUUCAGAAAAUCCCUCAAGACAGACCAACCUCAGAGGUUCUUCUGAAGCACCGCUUUGUGCUCCGGGAGCGGCCACCCACAGUCAUCAUGGACCUAAUCCAGAGGACCAAGGAUGCUGUACGGGAAUUGGAUAAUCUGCAGUAUCGAAAGAUGAAGAAGAUACUAUUCCAAGAGGCACCCAAUGGCCCUGGUGCUGAGGCCCCAGAGGAAGAGGAGCUCACACCCUGUUCGCAGGAAGCAGAACCCUACAUGCACCGAGCCGGGACACUAACCAGUCUAGAAAGUAGCCACUCGGUGCCCAGCAUGUCCAUCAGCGCCUCCAGCCAAAGCAGCUCAGUCAACAGCCUAGCAGAUGCCUCAGACAAUGAGGAGGAGGAAGAAGAGGAGGAAGAAGAGGAAGAGGAAGAGGAAGAGGAAGGCCCUGAAGCCCGAGAGAUGGCCAUGAUGCAGGAGGGGGAGCAUACAGUCACUUCCCACAGCUCCAUCAUCCACAGGCUACCGGGCUCAGAUAACCUAUAUGAUGAUCCCUACCAGCCAGAGAUAACACCGGGUCCACUCCAACCACCUGCAGCCCCUCCCACCUCCACCACCUCUUCUGCUCGCCGCCGGGCUUAUUGCCGUAACCGGGACCACUUCGCCACCAUCCGUACUGCCUCCCUGGUCAGUCGUCAGAUCCAGGAGCAUGAGCAGGACUCAGCCCUGCGGGAGCAACUGAGUGGCUAUAAGCGCAUGCGGCGUCAGCACCAGAAGCAGCUGCUGGCCCUGGAGUCCCGUCUGAGGGGUGAACGGGAGGAGCACAGUGGGCGGCUGCAGCGGGAGCUUGAGGCACAACGGGCUGGCUUUGGGACUGAAGCUGAGAAGUUGGCCCGGAGGCACCAAGCCAUUGGUGAAAAAGAAGCCCGAGCUGCCCAGGCCGAGGAGCGGAAGUUUCAGCAGCACAUCCUGGGGCAGCAGAAGAAGGAGCUGGCUGCCCUGCUGGAAGCACAGAAGAGAACCUAUAAGCUUCGGAAGGAGCAAUUAAAGGAGGAGCUCCAGGAGAACCCUAGCACACCCAAACGAGAGAAGGCUGAGUGGCUGUUGAGGCAGAAGGAGCAGUUGCAACAGUGCCAGGCAGAAGAGGAGGCGGGGCUGCUGCGGAGACAACGCCAGUACUUUGAACUGCAGUGUCGCCAAUACAAGCGCAAGAUGCUACUGGCUAGACACAGCCUAGACCAGGACCUGCUUCGAGAGGACCUGAACAAGAAACAGACACAGAAAGACUUGGAGUGUGCUCUGCUGUUGCGGCAACACGAGGCUACCCGAGAGCUGGAGCUUCGGCAGCUCCAAGCUGUCCAGCGUACACGUGCUGAACUAACCCGCCUCCAGCACCAGACAGAGCUAGGCAACCAGCUGGAGUACAACAAGCGACGGGAGCAAGAGUUGCGGCAGAAGCACGCGGCCCAGGUUCGCCAGCAACCCAAGAGCCUCAAAGUACGUGCAGGCCAGCUACCCAUGGGCCUCCCUGCUACUGGGGCUCUGGGACCACUCAGCACAGGCACCCCUAGUGAAGAGCAGCCCUGCUCAUCUGGCCAGGAGGCAAUCCUGGACCAAAGGAUGCUGGGAGAGGAGGAGGAAGCAGUGCCAGAGAGAAGGAUUCUGGGAAAGGAAGGGACCACCUUGGAGCCAGAGGAGCAGAGGAUUCUGGGGGAAGAAAUGGGAACCUUUAGUUCCAGCCCACAAAAACAUAGGAAUCUGGUUGAUGAGGAAGAUUGGGAUAUAUCUGAGGAGAUGAAGGAGAUUAGAGUCCCAUCAACGGCAUCCCAGGAGAGAAGUAUUAUUGGCCAGGAAGAGGAUGGGGCAUGGAGUUUGUGGGGGAAGGAGGGUGGGAACCUUGUGGAUGUGGAGUUCAAGCUUGGCUGGGUCCAGGGUCCUGUUCUGACUCCAGUCCCAGAGGAGGAGGAGGAGGAGGAAGAAGAGGGAGGGGCUCCUAUUGGAACCCCCAGGGAUCCUGGAGAUGGUUGUCCUUCCCCAGAUAUCCCUCCAGAGCCACCCCCAUCACAUUUGAGACAGUCCCCUGUUAGCCAGCUCCCUGGACUCCUAUCUCAUGGCCUCCUGGCCGGCCUCUCCUUUGCAGUGGGGUCCUCCUCAGGCCUCCUGCCCCUACUCCUUCUGCUGCUACUCCCACUGCUGGCAGCCCAGGGUGGGGGUGGCUUGCAGGCAGCACUGCUGGCCCUUGAGGUAGGACUUGUAGGCCUGGGGGCCUCCUACCUGUUCCUUUGUACAGCCCUACACCUGCCCCCCAGUCUGUUCCUUCUCCUGGCUCAGGGCACUGCACUGGGGGCUGUCCUUAGCCUGAGCUGGCGCCGAGGCCUUAUGGGUGUGCCUCUGGGCCUUGGAGCUGCCUGGCUCCUAGCUUGGCCCAGCCUGGCUUUACCUCUGGCAGCUGUGGCAGCUGGGGGCAAAUGGGUACGGCAGCAAGGCCCCCAGAUUCGUCGAGGCAUCUCUCGACUCUGGUUGAGGGUUCUGCUACGCCUGUCGCCCAUGGCUUUUCGGGCCCUACAGGGCUGUGGGGCUGUGGGAGACCGGGGACUCUUUGCGCUAUACCCUAAGACCAACAAGAAUGGUUUCCGAAGCCGACUACCUGUCCCUUGGCCCCGUCAGGGAAAUCCUCGCACUACUCAACACCCACUCGCUUUAUUGGCAAGAGUUUGGGCUCUGUGCAAGGGCUGGAACUGGCGCCUAGCACGGGCUAGCCACAGAUUAGCCUCUUGUUUGCCCCCCUGGGCUCUUCACACACUAGCCAGCUGGGGCCUGCUUAAGGGUGAAAGGCCCAGUCGGAUCCCUCGGUUGCUACCGCGCAGCCAGCGCCGUCUUGGGCUAUCUGCUUCCCGACAGCUACCACCAGGGACUGUGGCUGGACGGAGAUCUCAGACCCGCAGGGCCCUGCCUCCCUGGAGGUAACCAGUUCUAACCCUCCACCCAAACUUAGGGCAUUGAGCACUUUAUCUCCUGCAACUCAGUGAAGUUUCUCCAAUCCCCCAGCCUCUCCUCCCCUCUGACCUUUCUUCCUCAGUAUAUUUCCCCAGGUCUGGUCCCGGCCCCAGAGAUCUCUAGACAGGCAGUCUCCUCUACUGUGGAGUCCAAAAAUGACACUCUGUGUUUUUCCCCAAUCCCCUAAGUUAUUGCUGUUCCCCUGCUGUGUGUGUGCUCAUCCUCACCCUCAUCGGCUCAGGCCUGGGGCCAGGGGUGGCAGGGAGGGAAGUCAUGGGG